AUGGAGGCGCCCUGCGCGGCCGGCGCGCCCGCGCCCAGCUACUGGCACCAGGUCGGCGAGCAGCCGCUGCUGUACGCCACGCUCGGCCAGCUCACGGCGCACGCGGCGCGCGCCCACGCAGCUGCAGCACCGGGUCAGAGUCCGCCGUCCGCGCUGGUGGGGGUGGCGGUCCGACUUGACGCUCAUGGUCUCCUUGUCCUCCUGCAGGCCGACCAGCUGGCCGCCGGGCUGCUGGGGCUGGGGCUGCGGCGCGGCGACCGCGUCGCCAUCUGGGCCGGCAACUCCUGGAGGUGGGUCGUCGCCAAGCUCGCCGUCGCCCGCGCGGGGCUCGUCUCGGUGGACCUGAACCCUCAGUAUCGCGAGUCCGAGCUGGCGCACUGCUUGAAGCUGUCCAGGGCGUCCGUGGUGGUGGCCGGCGUGGAGAACCGCGGCCAACCCCUGCACGACGUCCUCUGCGCCCUGGUGCCCGAGCUGCGGCAGUGCCACGGCGACGCCGUGCGCUCCGAGGCGCUGCCCGACCUCAAGGCCGUCGUCACCAUGUCCGACCAGCCCUUACCGGGUGCGCUGUGCUUCUCCGAGGUCAUGGCCUCCGUGUCCGAGGAGCGCGUCCGGGACAUUGAGGAGCAGCAGUGGAGCAUCAGCCCCGACAGCGUGGCCUGCAUCCAGAUGUCUUCGGGCACCACCGGGAAGCCCAAGGCGAUCCUCAUCACGCACCGCGGCGUCGUCAACAACUCGUUCCUCACCGGCAAGAGGCUGGGCCUGCACGAGUCCCACAGAGUGUGCCUGCAAGUGCCGCUGUUCCACGCCUUCGGCACCGUCAUCGCCCUCAUGCCCACCCUGCACUUCGGCACCGCCUCCGUGCUGCCCGCGCCCGCCUUCAGCGCGCACCGCUCCCUCGAGGCCAUGCAGCAGGAGGGCUGCUCCGUGCUCAUGGGCACGCCCACCAUGUACGUGGACCUGGCGCGCCUCGUCCAGGAGAAGGGGGUGGCCGUCGGCGCCGACGUGGCCAUGAUCGCCGGCGCGCCCAUCACGCCGCAGCUCGCCAAGCGCAUGGUCUCCACGCUCGGCGUCAAGAGGAUCAGUAAUGGGUACGGCCUCUCCGAGGUCUCCGCCCUCGUGUUCCUGGGCAAGGAGGGCGACUCCGCGGACUGCAUGGCCCAGACGGUGGGCAGCGUCACCGAGCACGCCGAGGUGAAGGUGGUGGACGAGAACGGAGACACGGUGCCCUUCGGCACGCCGGGCGAGCUCAUGAUCCGCGGCUACCUCGUCAUGGACGGCUACUUCAACGACGACGAGGCCACGGCCAAGGCCAUUCAGCACGGCUGGUUCCGGACAGGGGACAAGUUCGUCCUGGAGGAGAACGGGUACGGGCGCAUCCAGGGCCGCAUCAAGGACAUGAUCAUCCGCGGCGGCGAGAACAUCUACCCCAAGGAGGUGGAGGACGUGCUGGCCGACCACCCCGACGUGCUGGAGGCCGAGGUGGUGGGCGUCCCGGACGAGCGGCUCGGCGAGGAAGUGUGCGCGUGCGUGCGCCUGCGGCACGGCGUCGAGACCCUCUCGGCGGCCGAGCUGCGCCACUUCUGCGGCGACGCCAUGGCCGCCUACAAGCUGCCCCGCUACUGCCUCGUCGUGGCCGACUUCCCGCGGACGCUCUCCGGCAAGAUCCAGAAGUACGUGCUGCGCGACCAGUGCGCCAAGGCGCUGCAGGCCGGCACCCUGGACGACGGCAGACCCGCCGGCAGGACCGCCAGGGGCUAGUCGCUGCACGCGUGCGUGAGCCAGCGACAGUGUGUGAGCGUGUGAAUGAGUGUGUGCGUGCACAGGUUAGGCGUGCUUCCUGUAACUUAGCGUAAGUCCUCGUCGUGAUAAUAAAGAUAAGACAAACCAUUUCA